CAAUCAUGCGAAAAUGCUCUUGUUAGCUCUACACCGCAUCGUACUUUGCCAACAUUGCGGUUCGAUGCAAGGCUGUCGGUGGAAGUCUCAAAAGUUCGAGAAGCACGUAUAACACAACAAUGCAAUGUAAGUGUGGAAUAUACAGCAAAAUAAAAGGUCUAGCGGCCACAGGAUAGAAGGCUUGGUUGCAGAAUGAAUCGAUGCCCAACUUGCUUCCCGUUGAGCCUCGAUCUCUGAUGCCAAAAUGUGAAAAAGAAGCAGAAAGGUAAUGCUUCUGUAAACAGCUCCCUUCACCAUGUACCCCUUGUUUGAAGUGAGCCGCCUGCUGGCAAUAGGACCAAAGGCGGACAACCAACAUCCUUUAAUUACAGCCUCGGCCUAUGGCGAGCAGGGGGACUACAGCAUUCUUGUACUAAUAUGCAGCAACGGCUAUGUGCUCUUCUACUUGCGCCAUGCUUUAAGUCCCAAGCCCUUGAUGCGCCAGAUCCCAUGGUCUCCUCCCCAGCAUCCACAUCCUACAGGAGAUAUAGCAGCCAUCUGCCUCAACCCCACUUCUUCCCAGUUGCUGGCUGCCACAACAAAAUCUGUCAUCCACGUCAUACCUCUAGCCGGCUUGUUUGAUGGUUCAUCACACCCCAGACAACAGUGGCAGGUGGACGACACUGUGGGAGUCCGUCUUUCCGGAAACAGGGCAAAACCCACUUGCAUCUGUUGGUGGGAGUCGAGUGAGGGCAACAAGUUGGCUGUCAUAGGAAAUGAGCACGGAGAGGUGUCAUUCCUCGACCUUCCUAGUCGAAAGGAAGUGGGCGGAACGUAUGUCACCUCGGCUGUUCUGGAUAUGAAGCUCACUCUGGAUGCUGCACAUCAAGUUACGUACUUGACGAUUACGGGCGGUAACGGGCAACACUGGCAACUGCUUCUUGAAGACAGGGGUAGCGGCUAUAACUGGUUGAAGAACUGUGUGCGUACCGCUGUGCUGGAUGGAAGCGGUUUGUCGAGCUUUUCAGAGUGGCGCCUGUGGACGCCUGCUCAACGCCAAGAGCAGUCUGGAACCUCGGAAAGGCCACCACACCCCAAGCUGAUCAACAAGCUUGGACCUAACACCGUUCUUGGAGAGUACACCAUCCAAGCGCGGCAAUGUAUUGGAGCGUACGAUUCCUCAACAUCCCAGUUAGAGGUAUUUGAUGCAGACGUCAGCAAGCGAGCUCUGUGUGUCUUUGCUGUGCCUGUUCCAAGUGCGGACAAAGUUCUUCUAACUGACCACCUUCUCAUCACAGCCUGCAAUUUUGAGACGGAACCCCAACUGCUGCUUUUUUCAAAGAGUGCCGUCGAUCUGACGUCGAGCAGCAGAAAGAAAGAAUGCAUAGAUCCCAUCAUCCAACAAUUUACCCUGGAAGAGCACGUUACGAAGGUGUACCGCUGCGGUAGGCUAAAGCCCUCUGCAGACGUGAGUCAGCUUAAGGGCUCAGGUAGCAGCUUCAAGAGAUCUCUAAGCACAGUGUUCCAGUCUGCGCAACAUGGACCGGGAGAUACUGCCCGGAGGUCCUCAUCUUUCUCUGGAUCAGCCAGCUCACUGCCUAAAACAGCUCCAGACACUAUUGCACGUAAGCUUCCAAGCGGAGAGGACAAGAAGGACGUGAUGACCGUCGCACUCCCAUCGGAAACGUUUAUUGACGGCUGCAUCCUUGUGACAUCACGCUGCGUCUAUCACUGCAGGCCCAGGAGCUCGGCUGAACGCCUCUUCCUCCAUCUCACUGAGCGAGCAACAACUCUUCCGAGUGCAGAGCGCCUGGGUGCUCUCCUGGGUCUUGACAUCUUCUCCCUGUAUGAAGUGGCUGCUGAACUACAGCUGUCCUGGGGACAGUUUCCACAAGCUGUUCGCCUCUACCAGUUGUCCAAGUGUCCUCAGCUGAAAAGGGUGGCCCACUUUGUGAGCUAUGGGUUCCUGUCAGAAUUGCUAGCGUACAUGCAAGUGCUCUUCAGCACGCGGGCUUCCGAGAUCACUCUGGCAGACCGAGUGCACUUUGCCAACAUCGCUGCCCUGUGCUUCAUCCAGCAAGUGCUACAGAAACACACCCAGGAAGUGGACAGCGUGAUGCAGGCCUUCAGAGACUUCCUUCAAGAAAACCUUUAUUACGAUGACUCGGUUGUCAUGCGGAUGCUUUGCGAGCAACGUCUCUAUGGCCUGCUUCGUCUCUGUGCUCUUUUGCGGGGCCAGCGGCAGCUUAUGCUUGAGCUGCUGCUCAACUUUAACCCAACAAGUGCACUGGAUGAAGCUACGUGCUCUGCUCUUACCAGCCGAGGCUACGGAUCUCUUCUGGUCCAGUCUGCAAAUGCGGACUAUGUAUGGUGCGUGACAGACCCGGACCUUCUCCUGCCUUUGUCACGUGAUCUGUCGCUGCUGUCCAGUCACCUACGAGUUGUAGCCGAUCUCUUACCGUCGUUGGACACUGUCUUGGUGGAACGCCUUGCCCGCCUGUACGACGCCUCCCGUCACAUGGUCAAGAUAGCAAUACGACGGGUGCUUGCAUGUUCAAAGCACGGCAGGUAUCCCGGGUCACUGUCAUCACUAUCGACUGACUCCUUGGACUUGACGCAAUCUGAAGAUGACAGUGUCAACGAAGAGGAUCUGAUCAAAUUCUUCAUAUUCGUCCUGCUCAUGCUCAACUAUCGGCGUGGAGGACCAAAGCAUUACACUCCCGCACUCUUGAGCUGCACUGAAACUUCCACAGAGAGAAGUACGGAGCGACGUCACAGGGUGUCCGACUCGGACAGAUCGAUUGCAUGUGGCCAACUCCAUGCAGCAUAUGUGGCAAAAGGAAAGGCUUACACUUGGGGAAAAGCUCUCUUUGGAAGGUUGGGCCACAAGGAGAACCACCGUGAAAUCUUUGGUCCGGCGUGCGUGGAGAUUCUAGAUUCCUUACGAGUGAAAGUGAGCCAAGUUUCGUGUGGAACUCAUCACACCCUCUUCAACACAGACUGCGGGGUCUUUGCGUGUGGCUCGUCCCGUUAUGGUCAGUUAGGCCUCGGCGUGUUGCAACGGACGUGGAUUCCCCAGCUUAUAGAGACUUUGGCUGGCAAGCAGGUUUCUAAGAUUGCAUGUGGCCUCUACCAUUCGUUGGCUCUUACCACCAGUGGAAGGUUGUUUACAUGGGGCUGGGGAGUACACGGUCAGUUGGGUCAUGGUGGCUGCUCAGACGAGCGCCGUCCUAGGCUUGUGUCCGCUUUGACGGAGCAUGCAGUCAUCGAUGCCUAUGGUGGGAACGGACACUCUGUAGCCCUGACGAAAGAGGGAGCCGUGUUCACGUUCGGUUGUGGUACUUUCGGUCAGCUUGGUACCGGAAGCACCGUCAAACGAAGCACUCCCCAGCGUGUGAAGCUCGACGAACCUGUUCGACUUGUCACGUCAGGAUACUUUCAAGUGUUUGCAGUGUGCCAUUCAGGCAAGGUCCUCACAUGGGGUGCCAACCCACAGAGCCUGCGGCUGCAGGCACAGUCUUCGCGGCGCUCACGGCUGCAGGCAGUGGUGGCUCAGAACGAGCUGCUCUUUUCCUCGGCUUCGGGGGGAGCUGGGAUGGCGCAGGGCAACCUGCGUGAUGCUUCUUCCUCUGCAGCCAGCUCUGUGGGCAGUGCUGCGGCUUGGCGAGGUAGUCAGCAGCACCUGUCACCCUCUGAAAUGGACGUGUCUGCCAUCCAAGGAAAUAUCGUGCAGGUUGCUUGUGGAGCCAAUCAUGCAGCUAUAAUCGUAGAAUCUGGCGAACUGUACAUGUGGGGUCGAAAUACGGAGGGCCAGCUGGGUCUCGGAAAUCGCAAGGACCAGAAGAGUCCACAGUUGGUAUCACACCUGUCACACUGCAAGCUAGCACAAGUUUGCUGUGGGCGAGACUCCACCAUUGCUCUUGACAUACAGGGCAAAGUAUGGGCCUGGGGGCAGAACGACUCGGGUCAGUUGGGGCUGAAAGUGAACACGGACGACCCGCUGCGGAACACCAAGGUGUUGGCCAGCCGGCUCAUCACCAUACGCACGAACCGUCGCCUCAUCACCAUUCCUCAGGGGCAGCGUACGGGUGAGGUGAAACCCCAGCACGUAUCCACACUCCCGACGGAAGCAGCUCAGCCCCUUGAUCCUUGUUGCCUGGAAGCUGAAUUACCGCUUCGUCAGAAGGUAUGCUACAAUGCUUACCUCGCACGUUCGGUGGUCACUCCCAACUUGUCAUCGUUGGAUGACCCACCAUAUGGUCCUAAGGCGUUGCACACUGCUUUAAAAGUAUUCCAUGGAAGCUAUGAUCCAACUACAGUCGUGAAUCACUGCAACAGUUUUGGGGACUCUCAAGCUGCUGCCAAAGUGUGCUUGCUCGAAGGCCAGUUUGCUCAGGCGGUGCAGUAUCAGUUUCGAGCUCAACUGAGAGAUGCACCAAUUGGCAGUGAUGUUCUUCUUCAGAGAGCUUUAGAAGCUGUCACUUAUUACAUGGGCCUCGUUGACAAGGAGAACUGCGAAGUGAAUCGAGGCUUCUUCGAGAAUGUGGUCGUCUUCUGGAUGGACAGCAAUCUCUCUGUAGAACCACUUGAAAACCUUUUUCGAUCCUACUUGCCUGACAUUGGCUACUGCUUAGGACUGGUGUUAUUUUGUUACCCGCAUGACCCAGAUAAUCAAGGUGGCCCCACGACAGACGCCGUGCUACGGUUUGCAAAGUGUCUCACGACUUCGUUCUGUCUGCGCGUGUCGUCUGCACUGCGAGACCAAGUGUCAAAUGGACGACGCCACGCAGAACUUAUUGACAUCUUGUUACGGCUCUCUGGAACGGGUCAGCUGCUACAUCAGAUUAGACUGGUGGACGAGACUGCCGGCUGGGACGCUGCUGUUCCACCGAACAAACUUCGGGAACAGAUCGUACGCUGCCUGCAGCAGGGAGCAGCCCGCAAGACGAUGCUGAAGAUUCCUAGCACUGAAGUGGAGCAACUAACCAAAGCACUGCUGGCGGAACGGGCCAACAUGGCGUCACCCAGUGUAACGACACCCAAGGACCCCACCCCCACCUACGACACAGUAGUGUUUUCCUGCGGACACCAGCACACGGCGUCAUACCUGCGCACCUCCCUGCUUCCAGAACUGGAAAAGAGCAUGUUGACCAGCAUGCCUCGCCCUCUGCCUAUCACAACCAAGCUGCUCUUGAAGAGCUACGAGCUUGAGGGCACCAUUCCACUUGCCUGCCCACGUUGCGUUGUUGCAGAAGUGAGAGAUAACUGGUGAAAAUGGUGAUGCGUUGAAAGAACGAUUCAUUGUAGACCUGAGUGUGCCAGAACAGAGUGCAUUUAUUAACAUCGAAGGGCUGUUGCCAAAAUUUGACGUAUUGGAUGUUUGACCAUGAGUGACAAAUCAGUUUCUAAGUUCCUCAACCAUGAACUGCAUUUAUAAUGGUGGCGUCAACGUACGGCCACUUUGCCAAUGAUCUCUCGCUCUCUAAAUGCAGGCUCCUGCAUUGUGUGGAGCAGCUGUGAUAAAAAGGGUACGUUUGCAGGAACCUAUGAGAUGUUAUACAGACAUGUCCGUGACAGUGUAGAUAGCAGAAUUAAACGUUCAACGAUGCAGCAGUGCUGAAAUGGGGUCGGCUUCACAAAGAGCUCGUGCGACGGAAUCUGUCGUACCUCCGUCGUACGGGAAAGUUACGACGAAGUGUACAUUCACGAAGGGCGCGCGUCGCAAAAUCUUCGCAGCUUACGGCGGAAUCCCGCGAGAGCUCCCGAGCAGUCUUACGAAGAAAGAUGGUGGCGUUAUUUGGCAGCGGUGGAUUUGGAGACGGCAAACAAAGACUCCGUAAUACGCGCCAACGCAUUACACUUUGCCACAGAACCUUCGAGACCAUCCCCGAAGUGACAUUGGGGCACUUUUUUGCUUGGUAACCUUCAACAAAUGCUUCAACUUUGUGCUCCGUAAAAUCGGGUCGCAGGGAUUUUUCAAGCGUCCCCUACACUCCGCUAAGACACCCCCAACACCCCUCCAAAUUGUCUGCAAGAAAGGCAAAAGAAGCCAUAAAAGCUGCAAAACUGGGUGCCACACACCGCUUACAAAACACCCUCACCCACCCCCUCCCCGAAACGAACAUACUGGGAAUAUAUUUGCUGUGUCAUCGAACGCGUUUCGCCUGCGAUUGCAUGGCAUCCAUUAUGGCUACCGAGAGCACGUGCAGUAACACAACAUUUGGGGACAAACAACUUCGUCUUCUUCUUAGACCCUUAUUGGUGCGAUUACAAAUUUUCGUCAUCGUUACCAUAGCGAAAACAUAGUCUCGCACCCUUUGGCUGUGUCUCUCUGAGGUGCACGUGACAGGAAGCGAGCAACUUCCUCUUCCUCGUCAAAGGGAUUACCCUCUCCACUGCGAUAGUUUUGUGAAUCGCGCUUACGACGCCGUCGUCGUACGUGCGUCGCAGGCUACGACGUCUUAACGCAUCUUAGCGUAACUUACGAUCGCGUUUGUGAAUCCGACCCCUGAUGCAUAGCAUUUGUGCCAGAUGCGAGAAUAAUAAUGUAGCUGUAAAUGUUAGUUUUAGAUGUCUGAUGUAUUAUGCUGUAUUGUCUUCCUGUAGGAAGCUCAUUUAUCGUGUAUUUGCAUGAGUGACAUUACCCCAAAAUACUUCAGCUGAGGGUGGGUAAAAUGUUAUGGGUUUCUGUUAAGAUGUGAACACUCAAUGUCAGGUCUCAGCCACCGGAUAUUCCAAGGCAGAUGACAGGGUCGAUAGUUAUAAAAUGAUAUAAAAUAAUAUAAACAUUUAUAAACUAUAUAUAUAAACAAUAAACUAUUAUUAUUAUUAGUCUUCUGCUAUGUGCGCGGUACGCUGCUCCCGAUAUACCAGCGCCGUGUGGUUGUCACAGGGAACUUCUUCCCUGUAAUCUGCUAUUUGCUGUAUCUUCCACCAGAAUAUUCUGAGGGGAUGUCACUUGUGUGAACACAUGGUUAGUGUGGCACAUGCAUGUCUUUGCCAUGUAGAAUACAGUCGCCAACCGAUUUUUCGAACUCGUAGAAGCCACGAAAUUAGUCCCGAUUUUUAUUGAAUUGUGUAAAUCCACUUGAUUUCAAAAACCUUUACUCAGAAUAUUCAAAGUGACUUAAAAACUGAACCUAUACGGCUCUGCUUUGCUGCACAAACGUGCAACAACAUAUCGCAGCGAAUUUCUGAGAGUUUAUCAUUAGAGCCUGAAGUUUUCGGGAAAUAUUUUUUUCUAAAUUCGGGGGGUAAAAAUCGGGUAAAUAAACAUGUGCUAGCAAAUUAUGCGAAUUCGGGUGGAAAAACUUCCAGUAUGUUAUAUUCGGGGAGAAAUCGGGCUCAGUUACUCAAACUAACGGUACUGGUUUGGUACAAAUGCUGAUGUAACUGCAUUUGCUGACAAAUAAGUAAGUUAGUGCAUUCCUACAGAGAUCCCAGUGAGGGCAAUUUGCCGAGUAAAAAUUGGGUUUCACCCUAAAGAGGCAACUUUCAAUUCGGGGUGCAAAUUCGGGAGAAUCGGGUAAAACCCUAAAACUUCAGGCUCUAUUUAUCAUCAGUGUAGUCUCCACAGCAAGGAUUGCCCCAGCGGAACAGGGCACAUCAACAACAUCCUUGUCGCUGCUGUCGUUUUCACCUUAUUUGUGUGUGUGUUGUCGGUGCCGAAGACGACGUUGAUGUUAACGCUGCUGAAGUAUCAAAUAGCAGCAUCACGUUAGUCUCGAUUGUUGAUGAAUUUACGUCUUCGCCACUACUAAACACGUUUUAGUAACAUCACUGACACACUUUAAGUUGAGGUCGGCAUUUGAGUAUGUCGGAUACUCAAAAAUACUCUUAGUCGAAGACGCGCAUAUUGAAAGAUAAGCUCUUGCAGUGCGUCUGAAGCGGAGCAUUCGGGCUCUACCUUCACGCAUGUGCCAUGUUGGGAAUGGUGAAUUGCCCUCGUGUCGUAAGAGUAGUACGAAUUAUCGGGCGUGGGAGUACAUUUUUCUGCAGUAUUUCUGGUGCUUGGGAGACAGUAAAUCCCAAAAACCGUGCAAAUUUGAAGCGAGAUGAGUAGAAUAAUCAAGCACAUCUUCCGAGGUACAGUCCGAAUUAUUGGAGGCGGAAAUACAUUGGUCCUAUGGGGCGUUUGACGUGCCAACAAUUUUGUCCGAAAAAUUGGGUCUGAAUUAUCGGUCGUCUGUAGUCAGUCGGUCGUCGACUGUACAAUAGAGAAAAUCAUAUGAUACAUUAAAGAGACAGUCUGAACCCAAACCAAA